UGAGCAUCCCAGAGCAGUUCUGAAUUCUGACUUCGAUAUUUAUUUUCCUGUCCUGCUUUACCUCACCUGCACUUCCCCCUCCAGGCCUGACACCAUCCCCAGGGAGCUGGUGCCUCAGCCAGGGCACCAUGACAGCGCUGUCUCCCAACCUGUCGUGCCACAAUUCCUCCAUCGAUGACUUCCGCAACAGCGUCUACUCCACGCUCUACUCCAUGAUCAGCAUCAUGGGCUUCGUGGGCAACGGCGUGGUGCUGUAUGUGCUGAUCCGCACGUACCGGCAGAAAACGGCCUUCCAGAUCUACAUGCUCAACCUGGCCCUGUCCGACUUCCUGUGCGUGCUCACGCUGCCCCUGCGCGUCAUCUACUACGUGCACAAGGGCCACUGGUUCUUCAGCGACUUCCUGUGCCGCCUCUCGUCCUACGCGCUCUACGUCAACCUCUACUGCAGCAUCUUCUUCAUGACAGCCAUGAGCUUCUUCCGCUGCAUCGCCAUCGUCUUCCCGGUCCGCAACAUCAGCCUGGUGUCGGAGAAGAAGGCCAAGUUUCUGUGCGUGGGCAUCUGGGUGUUCGUCUCGCUGACGAGCGCGCCCUUCUUGCGGAACGGCACCUACCAGCACGGCAACAAGACCAAGUGCUUCGAACCGCCGGAGAACUCCCAGAAGAAAAACAUGGUGGUGAUCCUGGAUUUCAUUGCCCUCUUUGUAGGCUUCAUCUUCCCCUUCGUCAUCAUCACCAUCUGCUACACCAUGAUCAUCCGCACCCUGCUGCGCAACUCGCUGCGGAAGAACGAGGCCAACCGCCGCAAGGCCGUGUGGAUGAUCGUCAUCGUCACCGCCACCUUCCUGGUGAGCUUCACGCCGUACCACGUCCUGCGCACGGUGCACCUGCACGCGCUGCGCCUGCGGGGCCCCGGCUGCGCCGACACCAUGUUCCUGCAGAAAGCCGUCAUCGUCACCCUGCCCCUGGCAGCCGCCAACUGCUGCUUCGACCCCCUGCUCUACUUCUUCUCCGGGGGAAACUUCCGGCAGAGACUCACCACGCUGAGGAAGGCGUCCUCCUCCAGCUUGUCGCAGGCCUUCAGGAAAAAGAUCUCCGUGAAGGACAAGGAGGAGCAACCUUUUGGAGAAAACCAGAGGGAGAAUGGAAAGGCAGCUGUGGCUCCUUUGUAAGGAGGUUUGACUUUCCCCUCAGAACUCUGGUGGGGGAUGGAGAUCUCUGAACUCUUCCAGAAGAUGGGAUGGAGGCUUUCAGGCCUUUGUUGCAGUUAAACAACUGUGGACAGUCCCUGGUUUGUGGUACUUGGUGGCAGAGCCACUGCUGGGGCUGGGCAGCCCCUGGGACCCCCAGAGCCACGUGGGACAGAGCAGCCACCACCAGCAAGCUGUGGAGCUGCUGCUGAACUCCCAAACCCCCUCCAAGGCUGUAUUUGGGCAUUCGCUUCAUUUCACAACUUUCCAAGAGCAUUAAUUCCCCAAGCCAGCGGGAAAUGUACACAAAGCUUGUGGCGCGUGGGGAACUCCUGAUGAACAGCGAGGGCAGAGUUUUCACAGGAACUUCAAACAGCUGCCAAGUUAUUUACACAGCAAGGCCAGGAUAAUUCCUGCCCUGCUCCCAGCUGCCUCUGGAUUUUGGUUUUUAUGAUCAUUAUGUGUGUUUUAGGCUCCCAGGGCUGUGCCUGGGCUGCAAAUUGGGAUGGGCCCCUCUCUCACCCACACUGAGCAGCUCAAGAGGCUUUGGUGGGCAGCAGAUUUGCCAGUGUUUUCCCAGUUUCUAGAAAAAUCCAUGGGAUCAGUUGUAGAAUUGAACUAUCCUACUGUGCAGGAUAACUUAGGAAUAAGGAUAAGAGGGAGCCUUAUUUCAGUGGGACUAGUCCUGAAGUGAUGGCUGCAGGAUUUAGAAUAUCACUCCAGUUUUUGGGGAAGUUUUAGGCAAAAGUGGAGCUCUGCAUGCUUGGAGUCAGAUAUGACUUUCUCAACUAUUGGCCAAGGGUGUUAAAUUAAUAAUAAAUAUUAAAAAAAGCUCUCUAGGAUGUGUGAUUCUGUUCCAGAGUGUUCACCUCACCCACACCUGGCAGCAAAGAGGCAACACAAGGCCCUUGGAAAGAUUUUUAGGAAGAGCUGGAGAUCCAAAAUCUGAAUCUGGAUGAGAUGAGAUGCUGAAAAAACAUUGGGCUGUUUUUCUACUGUAAAGAAAAACUAUAAACUCUUGGAUGGAGGGAAACAUUCCUGUACUUUUCCAGGGGAUCUGCAGGAAAGCAGCUCCUGCUCUGCUGGAGAAGAGCCCAGCCAGAAAUGUGCGACACAUCCCAACAGAAAUAGAAAUUCUUGUUGGAUUAAACCUCACUGUUCAUUUAUCAGCUCCUUCUCCAACUGAAAGUGUGUUUGGAUAUGGUAUUUAUGAAAUUACUCGAUGUUAUCUUCAAUAAAGAAAACAGUUUUAGUAGUGAAGAAUAACAGUGAGCAAAAGGAGUUUGGCUUGGAGAGGCAUCUGCUGGAGAAAUUAUCUGUACAGAUAAUUGGAGAGUGAAUUCUCUCUUGGCACCACAGCCAUUGCUCAGCAAAAGGCACUUGAAAAACCAAAUUCACCUGCAGGAAAAAUUAUGGAUGUGAAUUUCCAAGGAGAUCUGAAAUUCCUUUGUUAAAUAUGAAGGAUAAAGCAUAAAUAUGAAGGCUGAAAGCUGCUGCUGUAGAGUAGAGUUAGAGCAGGAGGGCAGAGCCAAGAGUUCAAAGCCAGAACUGCAAAUUGUUCAGGGAAAAAAUGUGGAUGAAUUGGCUAAAACUCAUUUUUAAGGGUCAGCACUGAGUAUUCCACUUGUGUCUCCAGGCUUUAAAGGUAUUGUAAAACUGUAAAAAAUCCUCAUGGAUUUUUAUUUGGAAUAUGCAAAAAUAACAUGCCCAUUCCCAAAGUUUAAAAUAUUGUACAGUAAAGCUAAGUGUGUGUGUAUAUAUAUAUAUAUGUAUAUGUUGCAAAGCAUUUUUAUUGUACCAGACGUAUUUUUUAACCUUUUGCCUUUUUUGUUUAAAUGAGACAAUGUUAAUGGCAAAGGAAAUGGCAGCUUUUUUUUAUUUUCUUUUUUUAUGCACUAGGAAUGCCUGUUUUAAAAAACUUUACUGAAUACCAAGUGAAAACAUUACAAGUGUAAUUUUAAUUACUGUUUUCUGUGGCUCAUUUGAAAGUCUCUGUACAGAUUCUUCUUCCCUACAAUAAAACUUCAUUUGCACACAGCACCAGA